CUAAAGUUCCUUUAAAAACUAGCCGUUACAUCUCUCUCUCUCUCUCUCUCUCGCAUGGCAGCCUCAGUGGACACACCAUCACCUCCCCACCUCAAACAGGAGGGCUCAAGCUUCAUGGGUUCGGCUGAACCAAGCUUCAUGGGUUCGUCUCCUCUGUUCAGCCCCUCUUCAGAUAAGCGCUUCUGGAGUGCGCUACGCAGCCGGACAGACACGCUUCUUGAGAAUCGUCAAAGCAGCAUGCCAAGUGAGCCCUCUGUACCCACCCAUUUGAUUGCUGGAGAAUCGGACCGAGCUAAGCGAUUGAAGGAAGACUCGUUGCUUCUGAUGAGAGGGUUCGACUCCGUUUCCCACACUCUCUCUCUGCUUUCCAACAAUCUAGACAAUGCCCUUCAGGGAGCUAGAGAUCUUGCUAAACCGCCCACAUUGACUGAAAUAUUCCAAAGCAAUCUGAAGAACUCAGAUAGUAAAGAAGAGGAAUCAGAAAAGCAAGGAGUGAAAAGGAAGUUUGAUCAUACUAGUCAUUCUUCAGAGGAUAACGAAGACGAUUCCCAGAAGGCAAACGAGCAAAGCCUAAAAGAUGGGAAGCUGAAAAAAGCCAAAAACCUUGCCAUUUCCAUGGCAUCAAAAGCGGGUUCGCUUGCUAGAGAACUGAAGUUAAUAAAGUCGGACUUAUGUUUUAUGCAAGAGCGUUGCACUCUGCUUGAAGAGGAGAAUAGGAGGCUCCGUGAUGGAUUUGCUAAAGGGAUAAGGCCUGAGGAAGAUGAUCUGGUGAGGCUUCAAUUGGAGGCACUGCUGGCGGAGAAAUCCAGAUUAGCUAAUGAAAAUGCAAAUUUAGUAAGGGAAAACCAGUGCCUUAACCAACUUGUAGAGUACCACCAACUGACCUCCCAAGAUCUCUCUGCAUCAUAUGAAUUCUUACAGGGAAUGUGCUUAGACUUCUCGUCUCCACCACCACCGAUAAGAGAAGAGCCAAAUGAUGAAGUUUUUCAGACGCCUGGAGCUGAUGAUCAUUUUAGCUUCUCCACCACCUCUCUCGAGGAGUGCCAUCAGGAGGAGAAGGAAGGGCAGUGAUGCAAAUUUGUAUCAUUUUUAUCAUCUGCAUUUGGAAUUGAGUCUUAUUUCAAAUCUAAAUUUUGAUGCCUUCGUUGGUAGCAGUGAUGCAAAUUUGUUUGUAUUCAUAUAAUAAUAAAUAAAUAAAUUUUUUUUAUUCCA